UGAUUUUAUUAUAUUGGAGUAAAACAAGAAAAAAGAUCGACUAUAAGAAGGUUUACGGUAAGAAGUUUGCCGGUGCUCCAAGGGAGGGAACUCCAAUUUAUCACCUGUCAAAAUCAUAAAAUCAGACAAUUUAUUUGAGUCAGCACAUUCCGGUGUCGUUUCCAUCAAGUGUUAUUAUUCUGUGUACAAGUAACACGAAGACUGAUGAUUUUUCACUAAUUACCGAGUCGAUCGAUAACGUGUUCGAAUGGAUUACUUACUUCGAUCGAUUUUUUAGCCGCUCGCGUCAUCGUUUUGCCACUUCCGGUUCUGUGAUAUGACGGAAUUUGGUCGUCUUCUUGGGAUGUUUUAGAGGAUAUCUUAUCCGGUCUUCUUCACUCUUUUGAUGCCGAAGAGUAAUUUGUAAAAGUCAUCAAGCUGGAUCCGACAACUAAAGUCGAUGUCGAUUUUAAACCUGGUAAAAGGAUGAAGAAACGGCGACAACUGGACGCCCUGGUUAGCAAUGGCAAACUACCCAGACGAAAAAGUAAAAGUGGCCAUGAACUUCUGAGAUCAAAUGAUUCCGAUUCCUCAGAAAUUGAAGAAUUUUCAAGCCCAUUUGGAAAGAAAGGUGGUUGCAGAUUUAUCAGUUGUGGAACUUGUUCACCAUGUCUGGUCCUGAUUGCAUUUAUCACGUUAGUAGCGUGUAUUGUAGCGUCAGCAGGACUGAUAUGGAUGCAUUUCGAAUUAAAAAGAGAUUUAGAUAAUCUUAGAGAAAGAUUAUUAACUGUUGAGUCUCAGAAUAAACAAGGUGGAGGUGAUGUGGUCAAGUUACAGACAGAUUUAUCAUCCAUUAAUAAAUCACUAGAAACCUAUAAAUUACACAAUACCAAACUACAGACCAAUCUUACUAAUCUUGAUUCAAAGUACAAGACAUUGAUAGAUACAUCCAGUAAUUUACAGAAAAGUUUAGAAAAUAUUAAAAAUCUUGAAAAACUUUCAGAGAUAGAAACUUUAACCAGGACAUUAGCUGCGUAUGGAAGUGAUUUUAAAAAUUGGAAAAAAGAUCUUACAGCCAAAACAGAUGACAUAAUAAAAAGAUUAACCAGUUUAGAGACAGCUAAUAAAGGUGAUAUCAAGAAAAGUGAAAGUAGUAUGACAUCAAAUCCAAGUUCUACACCAGAAAUUGCACAUUUACAACAGCAAAUUGAGAGUUUAAGCCAUGACAUAGAUGAGAUGAAUACUACUCUUCUACAUAAAUAUGAUUAUUUAAACACAACUAUAACGCAAAAAGUUAGUUUAUUAGAAAAUUCCACUUUAAAAUUAAUUCAGGAGAUUAAUUCUAAAGCCGCAGGUAGUUCAUCACCAGCUGUUGAAACUCGAAUACAAGAUGGGGUAAAAGAUAAAGAUAUUAAUGGAACAGGUGGAGUUGGAUCAUUGUCCAAUCUUACAGCCCUUGUUUAUAAUUUACAGUCUAAUCUUUCUCAGCUACAGACAGAUCAUUCCAUGUUUUAUAAUAUAAACCAUACUAUAGAUGAACUGAGAACUCAGACAACAUCAUCUAUACAGAGUUUAAAUGUAACUGUUGUUAAAAUGAACAAAGAAGUAGAUCAACUGUUUAAUAAAUUAACCAAUAAUACAAAUAAACUACACAGAGUUGAUAAAACAGUAGAAGGAAUAAAACAAUAUCUGGGUGCCAAAGAUAAUAUUACUAGUAGUUCUAGUCUAAGCACAGCAACAUUAUCCAGUCCUAUAACAACUCCAGUUACGUCUACAAUACCAUUAUCUACAACAGAAUCUUCCAAACUGAUCAAAAUUCCCAAUAUUACAACUUAUGAUGAAUUAAAAACUAAAUAUAAUCAAUGGACUGCAAGGAACCAGAAUCAGCCAAUUAAAUUAGACGAUUUACAAAGCUUCAUGAAAGAAAGUAGCAUCCCGUCCAGUGAUGCCAUGGAACCGUAUGAUAAAGAUAACAGUGGAACAUAUAGUUUAGAAGAAUUUAGUAAUGCAUUAGGACUUCAUCCAGUAACAGAAUCAGAUGUUCCACCUGAUAUGAAUUAAUGAACACAAAGCCUUAAAUAGAAGAUGGAGGUACAAGAUCAAAGAUGAACAAAGAUUCCUCACACUACUUAAAAUUGUUUCUCAUUUUUGUUACACAUAGCUUGAAAAAAAAACAUAGUACAGUAAAACCUGUUCUGUUUAUCAUUCAUUCAUAAAUUGACAGUUGGGUGAUUGAUAAAUUAAAUAUAAUUUCAAUAUGAUUAACAACCCAGGUGUCAUUUAAUCUUGUGUAUUUAGCACUAAUUUCUUUCACGGUCAUUUAAUAUCAAAUCUUUGUUUAAAAACUCGUAAAAAUCAGUGACUGAUUAAUUUUGAUAAUGAGUGUCCAAUUUAUAAGCGUUUAAUUUCCUGACCACUGUUCAAAAAUUAAUCAUUAUACAUCAAUAAUCAAUUGGGUUGUUUAUUUUUUUAACAGUGUUCAGGAAAUUAAAGGCUUGUAGAUUGGACACUCAUAAAUUAAUCAGUCAGCUUUAAACUGGACACAAGUACAAAUUAGAUGAUUUUUGGUGAUUUUAAAUAAUUUUUUACGAAUAUUAAACAAACAUAUAAUAUUAAAUGAAUGUGAAAGAAAUUAGUGCUAAAUACACAAGAUAAAAUGAAACAUACCCUGGUUACAGUGUUUAGAAAUUACUGGUAUGUAAAUUUCAUGGAUUGCGGAUUUUUGUCAUGUUUCACUGUACUAUGUUUAAUUCAUAUUUUAGGUUUGUUUAUUCUCAUAUUAAAAAAAAAACAAAAACAAGAUACAACUUGUAUUGCUGGUUAUCGCGUAGUAAAGCUUGACGUUUAUUCAAUCACCAACAUUUGAAAUAUGAAAAUACAUAUAGCUUAUUGAGUUUCCUCAUUUAUACACAGCUUCUAAUCCAAAAACAUAUGAAGAGUCCAGAGGAAGAACGAUCUAAGUCACAUUUAUGUCUUUUCACUUAAAAGGCAAAACAGACUUUUGGACGAGAAUACUUGAUGCAAUCAGAACGAGUGAGUUUAAUUUCAACUUCAAAAUGAUGUUUAAUACGAAUCAUAAUUACCAGUACAAAAACUGACUUCCACUUUUCAGCCAAAUUAAGGUCAAAUAAAGGGUACGAUGGACUUGUAUUUGUCCGGGAGGCCAUUUCAGAAGGGCCUUGGUUCGAUUUGACUCCGAUCGUUUUUACCUGAAAUUGAUUGUUCCACAGAAAGCUUCUACUAUUUGCUACCAGAGGACGCCAUUAACUGGGGUUAGUUGAAAAAAUGACUUGGAUCGUUCUUCCCCGGGGCUCUUCAUGUUUCAAAUGCUCUCUCGGCUUUUAUGAUAUAAGUAAAAGACUGUUAUAUCUAUCUAUUGGAAAGGCAAUAAGCUUAUGAGAUAGAAUUUCAUCUUUUCAAAUAUAAGUUUUGCCAAUCUCAUUCCCAGAGAUAAACUUACCCUUUGUUUAUCUCUUGGAAAACUCGCCGGCCAUUUAGAAUGUCAUGUGAUGUAUCACAUGUCAUGUGAUGUCGGUCGCUUCACACAGAUCAAAGAUGGCAGCUCAAACUCGCAUAUUUAGCCGAAUCACACACUUUGUGAGCUAAAAAUAGUUCCUGGUAAAUCAUCAAUUCGGCUGUUUUCAAAUGACCUUUUAAUGUCAAGAUGUGGAAAAUAUUCUAAGGGCCAUCGAGAAAUCAGCAGCUACUGCCAAUCAGUAGCCACUGGGGGUCGGGGCUUAGGAAUUGAUUCCACGCCGAUUAAUGGCCGGCAAGUUUUACCAAAGAUAAUCAAAGGGUAAAGUUAACACUGGGAUUGAGAUUGAAGUUUUGCAUCAUCUGAAUAAUUUGUGCCAAAUUUGUAUCUUUUGUUAUGCACAAUAAUCCGCAAUAUUUUCUUAACAACUUUUGCUAGUAAGGAACAAAAGUAUUGUCGUUUAUUUGUUUUGUUUGUUUUUGGAGAAAAAGAAUUGAUAUUAUUAGUUUGCUGUUUAAAUUAUUGAUAUAUUUAGAUAGUUGUGCCAUGAGAUAUAGAAUAAUCCUUUAGUGGCAUUUAGCGAUUGAAAACAUUACAGAACUAACACAGUUAUAUGGGAAAACAAUCACUGGUUUAUUAUACAGAAACAUUGACGUUUCGAUAAGUAUUCUCUUAUCAUUUUAUCAUAAUCAAUUUCGGUCUUUAGAGCUUUUAAAGCGUGAUCUAGAUCAGAGAUUAUUCUCUUGUGAUUAUUGUAUAUAUUACAUAGUUAUUCACACAAUAAAAUGAUGUAUAAAGUAUAAUCAAAUAUUGACUGAUAGCUUUAACAUUUCUAUUGAUACUGUCUUUCAUCAAGCUGUCAAAUACAAAACAAAAUUGUGUUGCCGGUGCUCACGUGUCAGUAUAUGGAGAAAGUCCUGAUUUAUUCAUUAUAAAACAAACAUUUAAAAAAAAAGGCUGAAUGUAUUUUUUGUUUUAAAAACCUAUCAAAAUGCCAAGUAUCUUACAAAUUUGUCAACUCGCGCUGUCAAAUACAAAUAAAAUUUGUCAGCUCACAUGUACUGAAGCUAAUUUUAAACAUUGAUGUUAUUACUGUUAGACAUUCAGAAUGACAUCUAGCUAUGUUAUAUGUUGGAUUUUGUAAAAUGGUAUUAUUUAUAAAUUGACUUUAAAGUCUGAUAUUGUUAUGUUAAUAAAUUAUUAGUUGUACAUUAUUUUAGGUAUGAAUGUUUUUUUUUUACUAACACAUAAAUAAUUAAUUGUAAUAGAGAUCUUUUACUUCAAGACUAAACUUUUUCUAUGUGAUUUUCUAAUCCUAUUGACUUUGAUUAUUAAGGUUUUCAACCCCUGUGAGUACACUUAUAAUAUGGACUAUUUAAAGCUUUGACCACUUGUGGUUGUUGUUUCGAUGUCUGGUGUGAGUGUAUGUGGCUUAGAGAUAGGGGCGCCUUCUCAACCUCGCGGGUUUACUCCGGGUGCUCCGGUUUCCUCUCACAGGUAAGACCCCUGGGCGUGCGCUAGGAUAAUAAAAACAACUUGUCUAUGAUAUCACCUUCGGUGGUAGCAGAGCCUUGAAAUAAGUCACCUGUCACAGACAAUGUCGGGCACGGAUUCAGGAUUUGUCAGUCACAGUUUGUCUGGCCCCAAGUUCACAAAGCAUUCUCAGACUUAUGAAUUUACUCAACUUUCAGUCAUAGAUCUACCUAUAAUAAAAUAAAAGACACAAGAGUACCUGUAAUUGUAUUUAUUAAACAUGGAUAAUAUUAAAGGGUUUUAAUAUAAAAUUGAACAUUUUCACAUUCCUUAUCAAGUCUGGUGGAUUGGGGAAGUUUUUACUGGAUGUAAACCCACCACCCUUAUCUAUAUAUUAUACCUAUGACUAUGUGCACUUCUUGUCAUUUUUUUUAAUAUUUCAAAAUUAAUCCUCCGCACUUCCCCACUUUGUUCGACACAUUGGUUAUCUUAUCCCUAUCUGAUUUUUUUUAAAAACAAAAAAAAACACCUGUUUAGGUGAUAUAUAUCCCAAUUCAUGAUUUGCUGUAGAAUAAAAUGAAUUACCCUUUGAUAAAUCAAAGAAAAUUUCAAAAUAAUAGGUUUGUUAAUAUUUGUUAAUCAUUUUAAACCAUAUCAUAUCCAUCUUCCUAAAAUCAUAUCAUGCCAGUAAAACCCUUUAAUGCUUACCCUUUCUGGUAUCUGUAUAUUUAUCUCCCUUUUUGUAGAUUUGAUCAUCCUGUACUUACUAAUUGCUUACUCUUUAUGUUGUCCUUAUGUUUGUUACAUUUUAUUCUGAUUGAUUUCAAUCCACCCCUUUUCUUCAAAUCUGUCAUUAAUGUACCUAUUUUGUAUCUACAUACCUUUAAGCUAGAAAUAGAUUUAAAGAAAAUACCGGCGGGACGAUUUAUUUAAUACUACCCAAUACCACACCAAUACCUCAAUAUCAGCACAUACUACCCAAUACUACAACAUAAUGAUUCAAAAUAGACAUAUCAUUUGACAAGUAUUUGAUAGUAUUGGGUUAUUAUUUGCUUGUUUUGGGUGAUAUAGGGAGGCAAAUGGAACAUCGGACAUCGGUAUCGUAUUUGGAGUACAUUUCCUGCGAUAUAACUCUCUAUUUUUGAAAAAAAUCAAAUGAUGUGUCUAUUUUGCUUUAUUUUGCAUCAUUAUGUAUUGGGUAGUAUGUUGUGGUAUUGGGUAAAUCGUCCCAUGCGAUAAUACAGGCUAUUAUUAUACGUUUUGUCUGUGAAGUUAGUUGAUAAUGUUAUUUAUUAUUACAUAUUGUACAUACAUUAAGAUAUUUUCUCUACAACAGUUAUUAUUAUUAUAUUGUACACUGUAUAUAAGAUUAUUCAUAAUAUCAUGUGAUAUUGUUCCAUGUCAGAUAUAUCGCAAAAACUACCUUCGUAACAAUGACACGGACUUGACAGGCCUCAUUGGCGAAAAUGUAGCUAUGUAGAACAGGCUAUGGAUGGCUAAAUCUAUUUGUUAAGGCCAGCUCAAUUUUCGUUGAGGUCGCUGAGGUGUAAAAAAGGUUAUAGCAGGUGAUUGUUGGCAAGAUUGUAUAUUAGGGUUAGGUUAAGCAUUAGUGCUCGGUCCGGGGUUGGGAUUAGCUCUAGCCCUGUUUACAUCUUGUGACCUUUGACCAAACUUGAAGUUGGCCUUAUGAAUUAGAUCUAACCGGCUAUGGACUAUUAAAUUCACAAUUACUUCUGGGAGGACUUGGAGAGUGGGAGUGCCACUUCUUAUAGAACCCCUCCACAAACCAACAAAAUAAGUAAAUUUAUUAUUCAGAAAACAUGUGCAAACCAUGCUGAGCACUUGAAUAGAGUCCCCUCUACUUAUAAGAGCCAAAUAUUGCUAGAUGUCUGUUAGUAAUAAUAAGUAAUUGUAUUCCACAGACAUGUGGCUUAUUUAUGAUUGUUGAUAAUCGGUAUUCCUGCUAUAAAUAUUCGUAAACAUGUCCGAGAAAAGUCGACAAGAUAUUUUUUGCGAUGUUGUAUUUUGUGAAAAAUAAGUCCAUAUUAAUGUAAAAUAUUGAACAAAUAUUAUUUGUUAAUGAGAGAAUUAUAUCCAAUUGAUAGGGAGAUGUUAUCAUUGAUCUCUAUUAGAACUAUGCAAUACAUAGUAAUAAUAAAAAUACUAAAUGGGAGACUAUUUUACACUUGAUUCAAUAUACUGACAUAAUCAUCUUAAAUUCAAAUUUAGCUACAAUAGUAACGGAUUGGUAAAUUUUCAGAUAUUGAAUCUGAAUCCACAAAUGGGUUUCAUUUCCACCUUGACUAAUCCACCAGUUUGUUGAAGAUUAUGGAUUAUCCCUGUUCUAGAAAUUAUGGAUUUUCCAUGUUCUAGAAAUUAUGGAUUUUCCAGAAAUUAUGGAUUUUCCAUGUUCUAGAAAUUAUGGAUUUUCCAUGUUCUUGAAAUCAAAAGUAGGAUUUACCUUUGUAUGUUAAUUAUCUGUUUAGCUUACGGCUGCUUAUCGUCAAUUUUUCAGACCAUAUAUAAUUUUAUAUGGCUCAGACCAUGCUAAAAUGUACUCAGAUUCGUUAUUUAUUUAAGAAAACUAAAAUACUAAUGGUAGAUAAUCUUCUGGCUUGGAUUAAAUCGGAAAAUAAUGUGGUCCAUCAAAAAAGUUUACCCAACAAUUAUAGGUGCGCCUGGCUUGUCUGCAGAGGAUAUCGAAUAUUGGCAAAUUCCCAAUUUAUCAUAUCUUACAAAAUACUGAACAAAAUUUAACCAUUUUGGGACUGAUAUUUGAUUUAGAGGGUUUAAUGUUCGCAAUAUUAUUGUUUUUAAGCGACUCGAAUUCCCUCAAAGGAUGAUAAGCAGCUUUGAAAUUUAAGAAUUGAAGAUCUUUUAUCUUUUUAUCAUAAUAAGCAAUUAAAAUAAUGUAGAUAUUGUAAAAAGGAUAGAUAUGGGUUAUUUAUUUGGCUAGAUAUACACACUUUAUGAUACAAGUUUAUAGAAAUGAUAUAUUGAACUAUUUAAUAACUAUAUUAGUUUCAUGUUGUUAAUUGCCAUUGUUCGCCAAAUUCUAAAUAAAAUGUUAUUUGUAUAAA